AUGCUCAUCCAGUACAAGCGACAACUUUCCCGUAGUCUUCCUUCACAUCGCCUUCGCUACGAAGGUAAUCAUGGGAGAGAGAACCCUCCCUUGGGUGAAACGGAUGCAGAUGCAGAUGCUAGCAGGAUAGUAUACGCGAAUACGAAAACAGAGGAUAAGAAGAGCGAAAAGCGCAUUUUGAUACUCUUGGGGUUCUAUUUCAACCGCGUCGGCGUUCCGGUGCCUCCCCGUGCAGGCGGCACCCCGCUACUUGUAUGUCGUGGAGGAUGGAGGUGCGACGGCGGAGUGUAUGUCACGGUGGUGGCGGCUGCAGCGACACGCAGGAGCGGAAUGGAGGGCGUGUGCGCCAUGCGCUCCAUGUAG